AUAAGAUUGCGCUUGUCGCCGGGUUUUUUAUUCAGUUUGUUUUGAGACUCUAAAGUGAACAGAGCUAAUCAUGGCACAAAAUAGAAGCAUCUGGCUCGGCUGCAGCCUUGGUAGCAUUUUGGCGGUGUUGCUGGUCCUCCAGACAAUGAACCAGGAAACUGAGGGCGCAAAUAUCCUGGGCGUGUUUCCCGGACACGGUCCGUCCCAUUUAAUAGUACACAUGUCGGUCAUGAAGGCGCUGGCCGAGAGGGGACACAAUGUGACAACAAUAUCCACAAUUGUCCCAAAAGUGAAACACAAGAAUAUUAAACAAAUCGUGGUGCCACUGAUCACCGAGGAGGAGGAGAAGCUGCUCAACUCCGGAAUAAGUGGAAUGGCCAAGGAAAAGGGCUCCAUCUGGAGCACCAUGAAGAUCAUGGUCAGUUCGAUGUCCAUGAUGGUUGAAAAGCAAGUGGAGCUCCUCGAGCAUCCCAGCUUCCAUGAACUCCAUCAGAACAAGGACAACAAGUUCGAUGUGGUCUUUGCCGGAUUUUUUGUGAACUCGUACUUGGUGGGCCUGGGUGCCAGAUUCAAUGCUCCGGUUAUUAUUUGCUGGUCCGGAUCUCCAAUGCUCUGGGUUAAUAAGUUCCUGGGCAACCCAGAGCUAUCCACAGUUCCUCAAAUGCAAAUCGGAGUCGCUCAGGGAGAAACAAUGACUUUCCCACAAAGAAUACAGAAUUUCGUCAGUUCUCUGAGCUUCGAAGGCCUUGAUGCUUACCUGGAAAUUAAAUACAAACAUUUCUACAAUCGUAUUUGGGGAAGUGACAAGUCGAUGCCCAGCUAUGAAGAGGCCAAACAGAAUGUUUCCUUGGUCUUUUGCAAUAGCCAUGCCAUAAGUGAGGGCCCCAUUCGGGCCAAUGUUCCGGCUGUCAUAGAAGUCGGAGGCAUUCAGAUAAAGGACAAGCCCGAUCCUCUGCCCCAGGACAUCAAGGAGUUUCUAGACAAGGCCAAAAAUGGAGCUGUUCUUUUCAGUUUGGGGUCAAACCUGAAGGGGGAACACAUCAAGCCAGAUGUGGUAGACACAAUCUUCAAGGCUCUGAGCAGCAUUAAGCAGCAGGUGGUAUGGAAGUGGGAGGAUCUUGAGAAGACACCCGGAAAAUCCUCAAACAUCCUGUACAAGAAGUGGCUGCCGCAGGACGAUAUCCUGGCUCAUCCUAAUAUCAAGCUUUUCAUCACCCAUGCCGGCAAAGGAGGCGUCUCCGAGGCCCAGUACCAUGGAGUCCCAAUGUUGGCUCUUCCUGUUUUCGGCGAUCAGCCUGGAAAUGCUGAUAAGUUGGCCCUCAGUGGAUAUGGUCUUCGCCUAGAUUUGAACACCAUGAAAGUUGAGGAACUUAAGGAGGCCAUUAAGGAGAUCACCGAAAAUCCAAAGUACGCCCAGAAGUUGAAAAGCUUCUCCCAGCUGUACCGGGAUCGUCCUUUGAGCGCCAAGGAGUCGGUGGUCUACUGGACGGAGUACGUCAUCCGCCACCGUGGAGCCCCGCACAUGCAGAGUCCUUUAGUUAAGAUGAGCUUCAUUGCCAGUAACAAUUUGGACAUCUAUAUCCUGGCGAUUUUGGUCCUGUACAUCCUUCUGAAGAUCAGCAAAGUCUUUUGGCUCUUCAUUUGGCGCAAGUUUGUGGCCAAAAAAACUCAGUACACUAAGCUUAAUAGCCAGCGCCGGCGAGAACCUCAAUCAGUUACCACUUGGACUUCAAAGCAAACGGAGCUAGUCAUGACACCAAACCGAAGCACGUGGCUCGGCUGCAGUUUUGGCGGCCUACUGGUCGCCUUGCUGGCCCUCCAAUCGAUGCCCCAGGGCAGUGAAGGAGCCAACAUCCUGGGCGUCUUCACCAGUCACAGUCCCUCCCACCUGAUAGUGCACAUGUCUGUCAUGAAGGCGCUAGCCGAGAAGGGGCACAACAUAACCGUCGUGUCCAGUCUGCCGCCCAAAGUUACCCACAAGAGCAUCAAGCACAUCGUGGUGCCCCUCGAUCCCGAAAGCGAAAAGAUCCUGAACGACGGAAUGGCCCAAAUGGCCAAGGAGAAGCCUUCAAUGUGGAACACCAUUUCGAACAUUUUCAGUUCCCUGAGUCUGCUUAUCGAUAAGCAGGUGGACGUGCUGGAGGAUCCUCGUUUCCAGGAGCUGUAUCUGAAUAAGGGCAACAAAUUCGAUGUGGUGUUUGUCGGCUUCUUCUUCAACUCGUACCAGGUGGCCCUGGGAGCCCGAUUCAACUGCCCGGUGAUUAUUUCCUGGUCGGGUGCACCCAUGCUCAUGGUUAACGCAUUCCUGGGCAACCCCGAGCUGUCCAGUGUUCCGCAAAUGUCCAUUUCUCUGGCCCCAGGAGCGACCAUGACUUUUCCACAACGCCUUAAGAAUUUCGUGAGCACCCUUGGUUUCCAGGGACUGGAUUUGUACCUGAACACGAAAUACAACAAAUUCUACAACCGCCUUUGGGGCAAUGACAAGUCUAUGCCCAGUUUCGAGGAAGCCAAGAAGAAUGUCUCUUUAGCCUUCUGCAACGGCCACGGAAUCAGUGAGGGUCCCAUCCGUCCCAAUGUGCCGGGAAUAAUCGAAGUGGGCGGCAUCCAAGUGAAGAGCAAGCCCGAUCCCCUGCCCGAGGAUAUCAAGGAGUUCCUGGACAAGGCCAAGAACGGAGCCAUCCUCUUCAGCUUGGGAUCGAACUUGAAGGGCGACUUCAUCAAGCCCGAAGUGGUGACCACAAUCUUCAAGGGACUGAGCAGCAUUAAGCAGCAGGUGAUCUGGAAGUGGGACGACCUGGACAAUGUGCCCGGAAAAUCCGCAAACAUUCUGUACAAGAAGUGGCUGCCACAGGACGAUAUCCUGGCCCAUCCCAAACUCAAGCUAUUUAUCACCCACGCCGGCAAAGGAGGCGUCUCCGAAGCCCAGUACCAUGGAGUCCCAAUGCUCACUCUUCCAGUAUUCGCCGAUCAGCCGGCAAACGCCGAGAAGGUGGCGGAAAGUGGAUAUGGCUUGAACUUGGUAUUAAACACACUGGAGGUGGACGAAUUCAAGGCGGCCAUUAAGGAGCUCAUCGAAAAUCCCAAGUACGCCCAAAAGUUAAAGAGCUUCUCCCAGCUCUACCGCGAUCGUCCUUUGACCGCCCAGGAGUCGGUAGUCUACUGGACGGAGUAUGUCAUUCGUCACCAUGGAGCUCCGCACUUGCAGAGUCCUCUGGUGAAGAUGACCUUCAUUGCCAGCAAUAAUCUGGACAUCUAUGUCCUGGCAGGACUGAUACUUUACGUUAUCUUUAUUGUAAGCAAACUGUUUUGGAAGUUUGUGUGGAGGAAGUUGUUCGGAAAAUCCAACAAAACUACUCAGAAAAAGAAGGUUAAGAAGCAGUAGAAAUUGAUCUAUAAUUUAUGCGAAUUGUACUUUAAAUUAUACAACAAAAAUCCGAAAAAAAAUAAAUAAAAGCUAAAAAAUGCA